AUGUUGAGCCUGUGGCUAUCAGCGGGAGCUGUCGGGGCAUACCUCAUCUGCUUGUAUUGGUAUCGUCUCUUUUUGCACCCUCUUGCCAACAUACCGGGACCAAAGUUAUGUGCGAUCACUGGAUGGUACGAGAUCUUCUGGGAUAUCGUGGUUGGAGGCCAGUUCACAUUCAAAAUUGAGGAAUGGCACAAGACCUAUGGGCCCAUCAUGCGUAUAGGACCCAAUGAGGUGCAUUUCAAUGACCCGGACUUCUACAAUGAGUUGUAUACAACAACUGCAACUUAUCAGAAGCCAGAAGAGUGGCGAUACCGCUUCGGCUUUGGAUCUGCGCUGUUCGAUACCGCGGACCAUGAGCAUCAUGCCAGGCGACGUGCUCCAUUGGCAGCGUUCUUCUCCCGAUCGAAAAUCUUGGAAUUCGCUCCGUUCAUCCAGGAACAGACAGACCUCCUGGUAAAGCGGAUCCAGCAGUACAAAGGUCAGGCUAUCUGUGUCAAUGAGGCCUUUGACGCCCUCACCAUGGAUAUCAUCGGAUACUACGCCUUUGGCCUCUCCUACCACUCGAUCGAGUAUCCCAAAUUCCAAGCCCCUUAUAACCAUGUUACUGAGGAUGUGGCUCGUCUGGUGCAUACUGGCGCCCAUUUCCCGUGGGUGUUCACCAUCCUCAAAUCGAUUCCUCAGGGUAUCGUGGCACCGCUCGCGCCGCCCAUGAAGAAGAUUUUCAAGUUCAACGAAGAGAUCUCCGCUCAGAUUCGCAGAAUCCUGGGAAAUCGAUCGAGUCUGGACAAGGAGAAAAAUUCGCAUCGGACCAUCUUCCACGAGAUCCUGAGCUCCAAGCUCGAUCCCAGCGAACUGACCCAGCAGAGACUGGAAAUGGAAGCUGGCAGUUUAGUGGGCGCGGCGCUCGAAACCUCAAAGAUGACCACCGCGCUCGCAAUCUACUACAUCUUGGCCCAGCCUGAUGUCGAGAAGAAGCUCCGUCAAGAGCUGAAGAAUGCAAUGCCAGAUCCGAGCAAGAUCCUCACAGUCCCCGAGCUAGAAAGCCUCCCCUACUUGGCGGGGUGUAUUCGCGAAGCCCUUCGACUUGCCAUUGGAGUAGCUCAGCGUAUUCGCCGCUAUAACGCCGACGCCCCAACCCAGUACAAGGACUACACCAUUCCCCCAAACACCGUGUUCGGCAUGUGUCACUGGGAGCAACUUCGCGACGCCCGCAUUUGGGAUCGUCCUUACGAGUUCAUGCCCGAGCGCUGGCUGGAGAAUGAGGGAAAUCCUGUGGCUCUCAAUGGGCAGCCGUUGGGCAAGUAUUUUGUUCCUUUCCAUCGAGGACCGCGUGGCUGUCUGGGUAAAGAGAUGGGGAUGGCGCAGUUAAACAUCGGGCUCGCGACACUGUUCCGCCGGGUCGAUCAUCUUGAGUUGUUCGAGACCGAUCAGUCGGCUGUAGAUAUCGUGGCAGAUUACUUUGUGCCACUUUGUGUCAAAGGCUCGAAGGGUGUGCGUGUUCUCGUGAAGUAG